UAACAAUGUGACAUGACGUGUCAUCACUCAACAUUGCAUUGCAAUACAAACUAAUACAAACUUGUACUAAUAUUGGUUUUCUUUCUCUCUAGUUGUUAAAUUGAUAAAAUAAAAUGAUCAGCUCCUGGAAUCCAGAGAAAAAACAUAGUGAUGUUGAAAGAUGGGUUUGCAUAUAUCCUGCUUACCUAAACAGUAAGAAAACAUUAGCAGAAGGUCGAAAACUGGCAAAAGAAUAUUGUGUCGAAAAUCCAACACAUCAGGAAAUAAGAGAUGUUCUUUUGGCUACAGGUCUGCAUGUGGGAGUUGAAAAUAAACUUUAUCCACGAGAAAGAAGCAAGGAAAUGUUGUUCCGAGGCAGGAUCAGGGUACAGUUGAGGAAUGAUGAUGGCACUGCGGUUAAAGAAGAGUUCCCUACAAGAGAAUCUGUAAUGAAGUACCUUGGUGAAACAAUACCCAAGCUGAAGACUCGUCAGAACAGGCCAGCUGACCAACAACCUCAAGCUACUCAGGCCAGCACCAAAAGUAAGGGCAAAAAAGGGCGUAGAUAAUCAUGUUUUAACAUAAAAUGUUUUAUUAUAAUAAGAAUAUUUUCAAGAAAAUAAACAAAAUAUAUAUCAAA